ACCCUAGCUUCUUCUUUCUAUUCCACUCUUCGUCCUCGAGGCCGCAGGCGGUACAUCGCAAAGGGAAAAGCAAAGGCCGAAGAGGAUGCCGGCUGGUCAUGGGCUUCGUUCCCGCACUAGGGACCUCUUUUCCCGUCCUUUCCGGAAGAAGGGGUACAUCCCCCUGACCACCUACCUUCGUACCUACAAGAUCGGAGAUUAUGUUGACGUCAAGGUGAAUGGUGCCGUUCACAAAGGCAUGCCGCAUAAGUUCUACCACGGUCGUACCGGUAGGGUCUGGAACGUCACUAAGCGCGCCAUCGGCGUCGAAAUAAACAAGCAGGUUGGAAAUCGGAUUAUCAGGAAGAGAAUCCAUGUCCGCGUGGAGCAUGUGCUGCCUUCCCGGUGCCAAGAAGACUUCCGUGCGAGGGUGAAGAAGAACGACCAGUUGAAGGUUGAGGCAAAGGCACGAGGUGAAAUCAUCAGCACUAAGCGCCAGCCAGAAGGCCCUAAGCCUGGCUUCAUGGUGGAAGGUGCUACACUUGUGACUGUCACACCCAUUCCAUAUGAUGUGGUCAACGACCUCAAGGGUGGCUAUUAGUAUCGAAUCCUUGUUCCGAUCCAAAGACUUGCUUUUCAGUCUUGUUAAUUUUAGAGAUUAAUAAUAUCGAACCUAAUGUAUCUGAAUGCUUGAUUUCGCUCUUAUUUUUGUUGAUCAUGGAAAGACUAGGGUUAUUUGUUCUUCUUUA